AUGAAGUUGAAGGAGCAGCCCGCCAUCAGUACCUCCAGCAACAUCAGCUAUAAAGGCUGCAUCAAAGACAAUGCGGAUGUUUGCUGGGUAUCUUUUCCUGGCGCUUAUGCCUCCGGCUGGGAUGCACUGGUGGGACAGCGCAACGCGGAUUCGGUUGCCUGUGUCUUUCUGGCGACCCCUGAAGAUGGCUUGGGGAGGCAUACGCAGGAUCCAAAGAAUCCGGACAAGUGCUACUGCUCGCGUAUCUAUGGUCAAAGGGAUUACAGGACUUUUGGCUACAUCCGUGAGGUCCGUCCAGAAUAUUCGCAAAAAAGAAUCCAAGACGAGGAGAGAAUUGCUGCUUGGACAAAUGCUGUAGUUCUCCGCACAGACGCAACUGUGGAGAAGAAGCAGGAUAUUGAGAACCAGGCAAAGACGCGCUGGGAAAGCAGCGGAUGUGUGGCAGCUUGGGGCUGCGAGUGGUUCAGCAAGUGGUUCCAGAAGGUCAAAGAAGCUGUCGAUAGGGGACAGCAGCUGAAGGCAGUUUUCUUCCCAGGCCAAGUUGGGGAAGGCAUCCCCAGCAUGGAGCAACUCUGCGAUCGUGACUUUGACCCAUGGAAUGGUGUGGGAUGUGGAGGCUCGCAAAAGGCUGAGCUGGCCACGCUUCGACAGCAGGGCUGGAGCUUCGAGGGCGUGGAUGUUACACAGUUCCUUCGCGAUUCUUUCCAGCCGGAAGACAUGGUCGACGCCUUGUGCGAGGGCAGCUGGAAGCGGUGCCGCUUGGUGAGGCAGCUACCGCAUGGAGUGCCGGACCUUCCACUUUGGACGCGAUGCAGUGGUGCCCUCGACCGAUGCUUGAAGAGAUGCCAGCUACCAUCCUGCUUGAAGAUUUUGCGCUGCGAGGAAUCCAGGCUCAAGGACGGUACUCCCUCUUUGAGCAUCAGGAUGCAGCUGCAAGACUUGCACGGCUUGCAGACACUCAAAGAUUGGGUUCUCAGUGGGUCUCUGGAUCGUGAAGUCAACCGGGCACUUUUGCAGUUGGAGCAAUUGUUGCCAGACGGGGAUGCCGAACGCACCAACAUGGAUCGUCAGGAUAUGGCGGACUUGCAAGUGCAAGCCGACAGCAGUCACUUCUUCCAACAUUACGCAGACAGCCUCCUCGGAUUUAGGAAGCUGACGCCUCACCAACAAGCGAGCCUUGAAGCCAUGGAGGGUCAGCGCAGGAUUCACUUGUCCGCUCCAGCAGGAGCGGGCAAGACUUUUGUGGCUGUUCAACGUGUACUUGAGACACUCAGGAAGGACCCAUCAGUCAUUGUGCUGUAUGCUGCGCCUUAUGUCGCCCUGAGCCAUUACUUCCUUAGGUGGCUUGCCAUAGGGUUCACGGCAAACCUUGUUCCCGGUGGGUGCACGACUGCAAUGUCAGCAGUCGGUCAUCUGAUGUCACGAUUGUGGCUGCUGCAUAGCCCAUAUGUGUCGUUCGACUUGCCAUAUGUUGAUGAUGAAGGGCGAAUACUUUGCAAAUCGGCGUUAACCAGCGUGCCGACAUUUGAGCUUGCAGUCUUUGACGAAGCUCACAGCAUCUUCCUGCAGGGCGUGGGCAGCACUAUCUUGGAUUCGGCAGUCAGUCGUGCACAUUCUGUGAUUCUCCUUUCCGAUGAAUCGCAGUCAUCGGCCCUGCAGCAACGCUAUCCACAGAUGGACACAGUCAAGCUGACUGAAGUGGUCAGGUGCACGCAGCGUGUAGUGGCAGGAGCUGCAGCCUUUCAAAUGAGGUCACAGUUCGAGGCUAAGAUCAGCACCUUCACUGCCAUGGAGGGCCCGCCCCUGAAGACCUUUAUCUUCCAAGCUGCAUGCAGGGACGAGAUCUAUCAGGAGUACUCCCUGCAUGUGAUAGAGGCUUUGUGGCAUGUGGUCCAGAGGCUUCCUGGUAUCAGCUUUCACAGGCGGGUUGCUCUCCUCGUGCCCGAUGGAAAGUUCCUGGAAGGAUUGAAGAAGCCGCUCAGAGAACGCUUGACCCGCGACUUUCCUUUUCGGCGCUUCUGCUUGCAAUCCUUCCAAGAGGCAUUAUGCCACCUUCCAGAUCACUUCAACUGUGCUAGGAUGCGCCAUAGCGAACAAAUCAACGAACACAUCAUCCUGGAUUCUGUGGAGCAUUCACGUGGGUUGGAGCAACCUAUUGUUAUUUGCAUUGGGCUUGAUGACUGUAUAACUGACACAAUUGGUGAUGUGGAAACUCGAUCACGACUGUACACUGCCAUCUCGAGGGCACAGUACAUGGCCAUUGUAGUCAAUGAGUAUGUCAAGGGAGGAAUGCUCGAAUUUUUGGGCACGUUUUCGUACAAGUCUGGCAGUCUAUCUGCCUCGGAGCAGCACGCUGAGAAUUUCCAGGGUGCUGCGUCUGGCCUGCAGCGUAGGGUGACUCGCCAUUACGCCAUUCCUGACUUGCGCACGUCGAUGCUGUCAACCACUGACACAUCUCACAAGGAUGAGAACGAGGAGGAUACGGAGGAUGAAGAGGAUGAGCAGGACGAAGAUGCUGGGCAGAGUGACAUGGCGGAUGUGGAUGCUGACUUGGAAUCGCAGAAGCAAGCUGAACCUGAGAUUUGCGGAGAAGAGGGCUGGGAUUCCAGCACGAUAGCUAAUCGUCAGAAGCGAGCUAGUACGUCUGGCACAGUUUCCAGCUUCGGGUCUGGUCGGACUCGAAGUAGUCGAAGUAGCAGCAUUUGGGAAAAUACAAACGUUGACAUGCUACCCAACGUUGAUCCCCUGUACGACCCAAUGGCGGCCCGGCCCUCAGUUGUCAAAGCGCAAGGAAGGCUGCAAACCACAUAA